AUGUACUGGACCCAUUUCAAUCAGCUUUUUCAAUUUCUGAUAAGUUUCCAAGAAAUUUCGACAAAAGAAGGAUCUUCAUCUCCUUCAUCUACUAAUCGUCAUAAACAUGACGUAUUUUUAAGUUUUCGAGGUGUUGAUACUCGUAACAAUUUCACAGAUCAUCUCCAUAAAGCCCUCCUGGAUGCCAAUAUCUCUACCUUUUUGGAUGAUGAUGAAAUUGAAGCCGGAGGAGAUCUCAAACCGGAAUUGGAGAGUGCCAUUAAAGAAUCUAGAGCUUCUAUUAUCAUUUUGUCCAAGAAUUAUGCGAAUUCAUCAUGGUGCCUUGAUGAAUUGGUACUCAUCCUUGAGCAACGUAUGACAUCCAACCAAAUUGUUAUCCCCAUUUUUUUUCAUGUUGAGCCCAGCGAUAUUAGGAAGCAAGAAAGUAACUUUGCACUUUCAAUGGCUGAGCACAAAGAGAAGAUGGAGGCAGAAAAAAAUGCAUCUAAAAAACGUCAGUUGGCUCAAAAGAUUGACCGAUGGAUUAAAGCACUUACUGAAGUUGCUAAUUUAAAAGGGAUGCACGCAAAAGGAAGGCGGGAGACGAAGUUCAUUGCAGAAAUUGUCGAGGACAUCUACCGUAAAUUACAUGUACCUGCACGGAGUGCUCAGCCACUUAUUGGGAUGGAAGAGUCCAUUGACUUUGUCACUUCAUGGUUGCGAGAUGGAUCUUCAAACACAGGAGACAUACUCACUAUUUUGGGUAUGGGCGGGAUCGGAAAGACAUCUUUAGCCAAAUAUGUCUAUGGGUUACAUUUUCGUGAAUUUGACACUAGAAGCUAUAUUGAAGAUAUCGGUAGGAGAUGUGCUGGAAAAUAUAACGGGUUGCUUGAUCUAACUAAGCAGCUCUGUGAUGACAUUUCAAAAAGAAGCCCGAUCCAAGUUUAUGAUGUUUCUGUAUACACCUCAAAGAUAGAAAAUGUAUUAGCCAAGAAAAAGGUGUUUCUAGUUCUUGAUGAUAUCAAUAGUCUCGACCAGUUGGAUGCAUUACUUGGAAACAAAGGUUUUCAUCCCCAAAGCAAGAUAAUAAUAACAUCAAGGAACGCAUGGCUAACAAAGAGUUGUGCAUUAUUCAAAAAGGAAGUUGUUCCCAGGCAUGCAGAGCACUGGCUUCAAGGCUUAGAUAAGGCUCAUUCACUACAACUUUUGUGUUUUCAUGCACUUAAGUCGAAGGAUCCCAAGCCAGGCUAUGAAAUUGUUUCGGAGAAGUUUAUGAAGUAUUGUAGAGGACAUCCAUUAACUCUUGAAGUUUUGGGCAAGUCUUUACAUAAACGAGAUGCAGCUUAUUGGGAAGAGCGCAUAGAAGGGCUAGGGAAAGAAAACGAUUCCCGUAUAAUGGAUGUAUUGAAGAUGAGCUAUGACUCUUUGCCAUCUAGAAAUGAUAAGGAAUUGUUCAAGCAUAUUGCUUGUUUUUUUGUUGGAAUGGAUAGAGAUUUUUGCGACACAAUAUUAAAGGCUUGUGAUAUAAAGACAAGUUCUGGAAUCACGAAUCUCAUUGACAGAUGCCUUCUUAGUAUUGGAUGGAAUAACAAAUUGGUGAUGCAUCAGUUGCUUCAAGAGAUGGGAAGAUUCAUCGUACGUGAAGAAUCACUUGACAAGCCAUCAGAGCAAAGUCGAUUGUGGUGUCAUGAGGAUUCAUCCAGAGUGUUGAAGCAAAAAAAGGGUACAGAAAAUACUCGAGGACUCACCCUUGAUACGAGAAUGCUUAAGAAUAAAAGGUUACGUAAAACUUUUGAGUUGGAACUAGAUGCAUUGAGUACUAUGGAUAGUUUAAUGCUACUACAACUGAAUUAUGUGAAAUUCAAUGGGUCUUACGAGAACUUUCCAGAAGAAUUAAGAUGGUUGUGUAUGCAUGGGUUUCCUUUAAAGUCUAUACCUUCAGACCUACCAAUGCAGAAUUUGGUUGCUCUUGACAUGUCAGAUAGCAAAAUUAAAUCAUUUGGCAUAUGUUAUAAAGAACGACCCUUGAAGAGGCAAAAGUUGAAUGGAUCGUGCUCAAAAGACAAAAUAUUGCUUGGAUCACUAAAGAUUCUUAAUUUAAGUUUCUGUAAAGAGCUUCAUAGUAUCUGUGGCUUUGAUGGACUACCAUCACUUGAGAGUUAUUGCAACAAGCUUGAUAAACUUCCACAAACAAUAGGCAUGUUAAAAAAGGUUGAAGAACUAUUCCUAGAUGGAUGUAAUCUCGGCCAAUCUAGGCUUGAGAUUAGGGAUACGGAUUAUCCAGAAAAGCUCAAGCCUAACCACACUGGCAUCACUGUUAUGAAGCCUAUACCAACUGAUUUUACAAUUUCUUUACCGGGAUCUUUAGUAAGGCUGUCACUUAAAAAUAAUAAUUUGUCAACAGAAUCUAUUCCCAUGGACUUAAGUUGCUUAUCCAUGUUGGAGGAAUUAUAUUUAGAUGGCAAUCCUAUCGUUUUCCUGCCUGAUUGUGUGAGAAACCUUCCUAGGCUUGAAAUACUUCGCAGCGACAUUGCAGGUGGCACCACCUAUAAAAGAAGAGCAAGUGUUUUGUAG